CUACGGCCUCCUCCUCUCUCGCUUCUCCCCCAUACCGUAAAAACCCUAAAAAGCUCCGGCACGUUCCCGAAGAUGCCACUCUCCUCCGUCAAAAUACCCUCCCGCUCCUUCCUCCGCCGCCUCCUCGUCCUCCCCUCGGUAGCCGCCGUCGCCGGCGCGGCGCGUCCCCUCUCCUCCGCGGCUGCCGAGUCCCGGACGCAGAAGCUGGAGCGGAUCGCCGACGAGCUCCUCUCCCUCACCAAGGCGGAGCGCGAGGACUACGCCGUCCUCUUCCGCCUCAAGCUCGACCUCAAUCUCCCCUCCGGCGCCCUCGCCUCGCCGGGAUCGGCGGCGGCGGACGCCCCGGCGGCGGCGGAGGAGAAGGAGAAGGAGAAGGAGAAGACGGCGUUCGACAUCAAGCUCGACAAGUUCGACGCCGCGGCGAAGAUCAAGGUGAUCAAGGAGGUGCGCGCCUUCACGGAUCUGGGGUUGAAGGAGGCGAAGGAGCUCGUGGAGAAGGCCCCCGUCGUCGUGAAGAAGGGCGUCGCCAAGGAGGAGGCUGAGGCGAUCGCCGCAAAGCUCAAGGGGGUGGGCGCCACCGUGGUGUUAGAGUGAGAUCGAUGAUUUUAACAGUCUGGUUGCUGCAAGAGGCAUGUUCAGAUUGGUAAGUUAGAUCGCCGAUUCGACUGGAAGAUGAAAAGAUAAAGAGCCGGUUUCGGCUUCUCAGAAAGCAGAAUGCGGCAGUUGAAAAUUUCACAUUCAUGUUAUGGAUUGGAUGGCAGCUGACAUAUUCACGAGGUAGGCUUUUAAUUUUUAUUCUGCCAUGUACAAGUUUUUAUUGAGUUUAAGUAAAAAGAGUGCUAUUCUCAUGUUUGCCGCUUGCACAAUAAAUUAUUUGUUUAAUUGUCA